GCCAACAUAAGCACACGGUGGCGAGUUCACAACUUAAUUGUCAGGCCUUCGUACUUAGCAAGUGCAUUAGUCAAUUCCUGUUCUUGAAAGUAAUACCCACUGCCGCCUCUUUGGUGCCCAAAGCCUUUAAAACAGCGCAGAGCUAUAGCCCUUCUCCCCUCUCUGUGGACACAAAGAAUGACUCAUUUACUUCAGUGGGAUCAGUAUAAAUUUCUCAAUCAAAUUAGCAUUCAUUCUGAAAAUGAAAAAGUUUUCCAUUUUGUACUUUUCUUUGGGGUUUUAGGAUAAUGUUUUUGAAAUCAGAGCCACUUCAGAAGAAAAAGGUAAAAAGUUCCCACAUUCUCCUAAUUCAUGGUUCUUAGAACAGGGAAUGAAUAACUAUCAAAUUUUUCAAUGCCUGGGACUAGUUCCCAUCCACUGUUCCCAGGUUGGUAUUUCUUUUGCUCAUUCUGGGAGGUUGGAUGUGAUUUAUUUUCUGCAAAUACAGUGGUCAGUGUUCUGAAAGUGACUGUGAGAAACAAGACUGACCCUUUCCCCCUCGGUCCCUGGAGAGUGGUGUUGACAUUAGGCAUCUCUGAGCCAAGCUCAGGAGGUGUAUUCUGUUCAGCCCUUGUUUGCACUGAGAACAUAGUUGGACUCUAAAGACUUUGCCCCCUCCGUGCUGUUGAGCAGGAGUUUCUGUGCUACGUGAAGGAAUCAUGAGCCAUACUCUGAUCUUUGGAAGAUUAGAAAGAAGCUGGUGAUGUGCUCCUUGCCUGGUGUGGGAGCUCUUGGCACUUGCUCUGUGCGUGUAAGAGCCAGACCCUAAACAUGAAAGAAUUCCUCCAGCCCCAGGACCAGGCGAUACAUUAUUAGUGUGGAUGCUGUUGUCUGAGUUUAUGUAGCCAUGGCACAAGAAUAUGAGAAAGCAUGGGAUUAUGGCAAUCACAGAGUCUCAGUAAUACAAGUUCCAUUCAGCUUUUUGUGAAAGAAGGCCGUCUGUUAAAGUCUGCAAAGGGGCUGUGGUGGAUUAUAAUGCUUUGAAGUUCUAGAUUUCCAGUGGCUUGAAAUAAAGCAUCAUUUUUACCUUUUAAAUGAAAAAGCUUAAGAUCUCAUGCAACUGUUUUAUUUUCUGGAAGCCAUUCUCCAAGAUGGAAGUGCACAUUUAAAACAGAUAUGAUGGUCCUUUCUACAGGGAUUUAGAUCGGCUUGCUUCACAUCAUGACCAGCUUGAAACGGUCACAAACAGAAAGGCCUGUUGCCACUGACAGGGCCUCGGUUGUUGGCACAGACGGCACCCCCAAAGUCCACACCGAUGACUUCUACAUGCGACGCUUCCGGUCCCAGAACGGCAGCUUAGGGUCCUCAGUCAUGGCUCCGGUAGGACCCCCGCGAAGCGAAGGUUCUCACCACAUCACCUCAACCCCUGGUGUCCCCAAAAUGGGGGUGAGGGCAAGGAUUGCAGAUUGGCCCCCACGAAAGGAAAACAUAAAAGAAUCUAGCCGUUCAAGCCAGGAAAUAGAAACCUCAAGUUGCCUUGAGAGCCUGUCCUCCAAAAGUAGUCCUGUGAGUCAGGGAAGUUCUGUUAGCCUCAAUUCCAAUGACUCAGCCAUGCUGAAGAGCAUACAGAACACGCUGAAAAGCAAGACGAGACCGUCGGAGAACAUGGACUCGAGAUUCCUCAUGCCUGAAGCCUACCCCAGCUCCCCCAGGAAAGCUCUUCGCAGAAUACGGCAACGGAGCAACAGCGAUAUCACCAUAAGUGAACUUGACGUGGAUAGCUUUGAUGAAUGUAUCUCCCCCACAUACAAGACUGGGCCGUCCCUGCACAGGGAGUACGGUAGCACAUCCUCGAUUGACAAACAGGGGACAUCCGGAGAAAGCUUCUUUGAUUUGUUAAAGGGCUACAAAGAUGACAAAUCUGAGCGAGGUCUGACCCCCACCAAGCUCAGUGACUUCCUCAUCGCCGGUGGGGGCAAGGGUUCAGGUUUCUCUCUGGAUGUUAUAGAUGGUCCUAUCUCACAGAGAGAGAACCUCAGGCUCUUUAAGGAAAGGGAAAAACCACUCAAGCGGCGUUCCAAGUCUGAAACUGGCGACUCCUCCAUUUUUCGGAAAUUGCGCAAUGCCAAAGGUGAAGAACUUGGCAAGUCAUCAGAUCUUGAAGAUAACCGAUCGGAAGACUCUGUCAGGCCCUGGACGUGUCCAAAGUGCUUUGCCCACUACGAUGUCCAGAGUAUAUUGUUUGAUUUGAACGAGGCAAUUCUGAACAGGCACAACGUUAUUAAGAGGAGAAACACCACCACUGGGGCCUCGGCAGCUGCCGUGGCAUCCUUGGUCUCUGGACCUCUGUCUCAUUCAGCCAGUUUUAGCUCCCCAAUGGGCAGCACGGAGGACCUCAAUUCCAAAGGAAGCCUCAGCAUGGACCAGGGAGAUGACAAAAGCAAUGAACUGGUAAUGAGCUGUCCGUAUUUUCGGAAUGAGAUCGGGGGAGAAGGGGAAAGGAAAAUCAGCCUUUCGAAAUCCAAUUCAGGCUCCUUUAGUGGAUGUGAAAGUGCCUCCUUUGAGUCGACCCUUAGCUCCCAUUGCACAAACGCAGGAGUGGCAGUACUUGAAGUGCCCAAGGAGAACUUGGUGUUGCAUCUGGACAGAGUGAAGAGAUACAUCGUGGAACACGUGGACCUCGGCGCCUACUAUUACAGGAAGUUUUUCUACCAGAAGGAACACUGGAACUAUUUUGGGGCUGAUGAGAAUCUUGGUCCAGUGGCUGUGAGCAUUCGAAGAGAGAAACCAGAAGAAAUGAAAGAAAAUGGAUCUCCAUACAACUACCGAAUAAUUUUUAGAACUAGUGAGCUCAUGACUCUCAGAGGCUCAGUCUUGGAGGACGCCAUUCCCUCUACAGCCAAGCACUCGACAGCCAGGGGACUGCCCCUGAAGGAAGUGCUGGAGCACGUGAUUCCCGAGCUCAACGUCCAGUGCCUGCGGUUGGCCUUCAACACCCCCAAGGUCACAGAGCAACUCAUGAAACUGGAUGAACAGGGGCUGAACUACCAGCAGAAAGUGGGCAUCAUGUACUGCAGAGCCGGACAGAGCACCGAGGAGGAGAUGUACAACAACGAGGCGGCCGGCCCCGCCUUCGAGGAAUUCCUCCAGCUCCUGGGAGAACGAGUUCGGCUCAAAGGAUUUGAGAAGUAUCGUGCCCAGCUUGACACCAAAACUGACUCCACUGGAACUCAUUCUCUGUACACAACAUACAAAGACUAUGAGAUUAUGUUCCAUGUUUCCACCAUGCUGCCAUACACACCUAACAACAAGCAACAGCUCCUACGGAAGCGGCAUAUUGGAAAUGACAUCGUAACAAUUGUUUUCCAAGAGCCUGGAGCACAGCCGUUCAGCCCAAAAAACAUCCGAUCUCACUUUCAGCACGUUUUCGUCAUUGUCAGGGCGCAUAAUCCCUGCUCUGACGGUGUCUGUUACAGUGUGGCCGUCACCAGGUCCAGAGAUGUGCCUUCUUUUGGGCCUCCCAUCCCUAAAGGGGUCACCUUCCCUAAGUCGAAUGUGUUCAGGGACUUCCUUUUGGCCAAAGUGAUUAAUGCAGAAAAUGCUGCUCAUAAAUCAGAAAAGUUCCGGGCCAUGGCAACCCGGACCCGCCAGGAAUACCUAAAAGAUCUGGCAGAAAAGAAUGUCACCAACACCCCUAUCGACCCCUCUGGCAAGUUUCCAUUCAUCUCUCUGGCCUCCAAGAAGAAAGAAAAGUCUAAGCCGUAUCCGGGAGCUGAGCUCAGCAGCAUGGGAGCCAUCGUGUGGGCAGUCCGGGCGAAAGACUACAACACCGCCAUGGAGAUGGACUGCCUCUUAGGGAUCUCCAACGAGUUCAUCGUGCUCAUCGAACUGGAGACAAAGAGCGUGGUUUUUAACUGUUCCUGCAGAGAUGUGAUAGGCUGGACUUCAGCCGACAACGGCCUCAAAAUCUUCUACGAACGAGGAGAAUGUAUUUCGGUGGAGAGUUUCAUUAGCAAUGAGGACAUCAAGGAGAUUGUCAAGAGGUUGCAGUUUGUUUCGAAAGGCUGUGAAUCUGUGGAGAUGACUCUGCGAAGAAAUGGGUUAGGACAGCUUGGCUUCCACGUCAACUACGAGGGCAUCGUGGCAGAUGUGGAGCCCUACGGCUAUGCCUGGCAGGCAGGGCUGAGGCAGGGCAGCCGCCUGGUGGAAAUCUGCAAGGUGGCGGUGGCCACCCUGAGCCACGAGCAGAUGAUCGAUCUCCUGAGAACCUCCGUCACAGUGAAGGUGGUCAUCAUUCCGCCUCAUGAUGACUGCACCCCACGGAGGAGUUGCUCGGAAACCUACCGCAUGCCAGUGAUGGAGUACAAAAUGAACGAAGGCAUCUCCUAUGAAUUCAAGUUUCCCUUCCGGAAUAAUAACAAGUGGCAGAGGAAUGCCAACAAGGGAUCCCAUUCACCUCAAGUCCCGUCCCAGCUGCAGAGUCCCAUGACCUCGAGGAUGACUGCUGGAAAAGGAGACGGGAAAAUCCCUCCUCCAGAAAGGGCCGCCAACAUUCCUCGGAGCAUCUCCAGUGACGGGCGCCCACUCGAGAGGCGGCUGUCUCCUGGUUCCGACAUCUAUGUGACGGUCUCAUCCAUGGCUCUCGCAAGAUCCCAGUGUCGUAACUCCCCCAGCAAUCUGUCGUCAUCCAGCGAGACUGGCUCUGGCGGGGGCACUUACAGGCAGAAGUCCAUGCCCGAAGGGUUUGGAGUGAGCCGCAGGUCCCCAGCCUCCCUCGACAGGCAGAGCACCCAGGCGGACAUCAGUGGCAGUGGAAAGUCCACACCAAGCUGGCAAAGAAGUGAGGACAGCAUUGCCGACCAGAUGGCUUACAGUUAUAGAGGACCUCAGGAUUUCAAUUCUUUUGUCCUCGAGCAGCAUGAAUAUACAGAGCCGACAUGCCAUCUCCCAGCAGUAUCAAAGGUACUGCCAGCUUUCCGAGAGAGCCCCAGUGGGAGGUUAAUGCGGCAGGAUCCAGUGGUUCAUUUGUCUCCAAACAAACAAGGGCAUUCUGACAGCCACUACUCGAGCCACUCCAGCAGCAAUACCCUCUCCAGCAACGCCUCGAGCGCCCACAGUGACGAGAAGUGGUACGAUGGGGACCGCACGGAAUCCGAGCUCAACAGCUACAACUAUCUGCAGGGCACCUCCGCUGACAGUGGCAUCGACACCACCUCCUACGGCCCCAGCCACGGCAGCACGGCCUCCCUGGGGGCCGCCACGUCGUCACCCCGCUCAGGCCCAGGCAAGGAGAAGGUGGCCCCCCUGUGGCACAGCUCCAGUGAGGUGAUCUCCAUGGCAGAUCGGACUCUGGACGCAGAGAGCCACGGCAUGGACCGGAAAGCAGAGUCCUCCCUGAGCUUGGAUAUCCACAGCAAGAGCCCGGCUGGCUCGAACCCUCUGACGAGGGAGAACAGCACGUUCAGUAUAAACGAUGCUGCUUCUCACACCAGUACCAUGAGCUCCCGACACUCUGCCAGCCCAGUGGUUUUCACCAGUGCCCGAAGUUCACCCAAAGAAGAACUUCACCCUGCCGCUUCCUCACAGCUCGCACCGUCCUUCUCCUCCUCCUCCUCCUCUUCCUCUGGGCCCAGGACUUUCUACCCUCGCCAGGGCGCUACUAGCAAAUACCUAAUUGGAUGGAAAAAACCAGAAGGAACAAUAAACUCCGUGGGAUUCAUGGACACAAGAAAGCGUCAUCAGAGUGAUGGCAAUGAAAUAGCCCACACAAGGCUGCGUGCCUCCACCAGGGACCUCCGGGCCUCGCCUAAGCCAACCUCCAAGUCCACCAUUGAGGAAGAUCUAAAGAAACUGAUCGACUUUGAAAGCCCAACUCCUGAAUCACAGAAGAAUUUUAAGUUCCACGCGCUGUCCUCUCCCCAGACCCCUUUUCCCACCACCCCCACCUCCCGACGGGCCCUGCACAGAACGCUGUCAGACGAGAGCAUAUACAGCAGCCAGCGGGAGCACUUCUUCCCCUCCAGGGCUUCGCUCCUGGACCAGGCGCUGCCCAACGACGUGCUCUUCAGCAGCACCUACCCGUCUCUCCCCAAGUCUCUGCCGCUGCGCAGGCCUUCCUACACGCUCGGGAUGAAGUCGCUGCAUGGAGAAUUCUCAGCCUCGGACAGCUCUCUCACUGAUGUCCAGGAGACCCGAAGGCAGCCCAUGCCGGACCCCGGCCUGAUGCCCCUGCCUGACACUGCUGCGGAUCUAGAUUGGUCCAACCUGGUAGACGCUGCCAAAGCCUAUGAGGUCCAGAGAGCCUCAUUUUUUGCUGCUAGUGAUGAAAACCAUCGUCCCUUGAGUGCUGCAUCCAACAGCGAUCAGCUCGAGGCCCAGGCUCUGGCCCAGAUGAAGUCUUACAGCAGCAGUAAAGAUUCCUCUCCUACUCUGGCUUCUAAAGUGGACCAGCUGGAAGGUAUGCUGAAGAUGCUUCGUGAAGAUUUGAAGAAGGAAAAAGAAGACAAAGCCCAUCUUCAGGCAGAAGUUCAGCACCUGCGAGAGGACAACCUGAGGCUGCAGGAGGAAUCCCAGAAUGCCUCGGACAAGCUGAAGAAGUUCACAGAGUGGGUCUUCAACACCAUAGACAUGAGCUAGGGAAGGCUGAGGCGGGCAGGAGCAGGGCCCGGGUGCGUUCUCUGUGAGUGCAGGGGAGCUCCUUCCCCAGGCCAGGGAAAGCCUUCUCAGAGCGCCUCCCCGGCUCCCUCCCCUGCCCCCCUUUCAGGGAGUGCACACCAGUUGCAGAUCAACAAUCAUUAUCUGCCUUUUGUAGAAAAGAGAAACAAAAAAGUAAAUAAAAAUUUUAAAAAGUAAAAUAAAAGUUUAACUGCUAAAA